GAGAGUUUGCCCAGCAAAGACGCAAAGCAAGCUACGGCUUCACAGAGCUAGAGCUUAUCUCGUGAGGCUUUUACCCAAUUCCCUCUUCCUUUUUAUCCUCCUCCUACCACCAUUCUUCAUUACACUUCUCCGAAAACACCUACUCCACCAGUCCACCUCUUAUUCAUAAAUUCCCCAUUCUAAUUUUCCGGGAGCUAGUCUUUUUCUGCUUAAUUUAUUUGCUUGUUCAGAAAGUAUGAGUAAUACAAUGAUGCCCAGGGUGAAAGUCAUGGUUUAUUUGGUCUAUGACAGGGGUUAGCGCCCAGCCGAUCGAUCUGAUCCUUGAAUUAAGCCUUUACUCUAUUCAUAAUAAAAGUAUGAAGGGUGGUGUUGUGUGUGGUUUCUGAGCCUAACUUCCAUAUACAUCUUCUUCUUUUUUUCUUUUCUUUUUUUGUAGUGAUUAUUCAUUGUAAGUAAUGAAGGAGAAAGGUAAGAAGGGCUUGAUCACCAAAACAUGGGAGCGAUGCAAAUCCAUCGGCCGCAAGAGUAGUAGUACUAGCAAUAGUACUACUUCCUCUGCGGCCGUGCCUGCUCUUACAAAGAAGAGCAAAUCCUGUCCUCACAUCGACCUCUACACGAUGGAUGAUGAUCAUCGUCGUCAUCACCGCCGCCAGGUGGCACCAGAAGGCUGUUUCUCUGUCUACGUGGGACCUGAAAAGCAAAGGUUUGUGGUGAAAACCGAGUACGCAAACCAUCCUCUCUUCAAGUUGCUGCUUGAAGAAGCCGAGUCCGAAUUCGGUUACCAUAGUAAAGGUCCUCUCGUGCUUCCUUGUGACGUUGAAGUUUUCUACAAGGUGCUGCUGGAAAUGGAGGAUUGCGGUGGUGAUGAUCAGAAGAUUUCUCGAGGUUGCGGAUUUGCUAAGCGUUAUGGGUCUUAUCAUCUUCUCAGCCCGUCUCGUAUGGUUGCCAUUAAUCAGUUCUAGCUAAUUGUGUAUAUAUAGUCUAUGAAUCUGUCAUCAUGUGUAUGUAUGCUCAAGCUUGGGUUGAUUAUAUGUAUUUGUUUGGUUUAUGUACAUGAUUUGUGGGAUUUAAGUUGUCUUUAGUCCUGCAAUAGCCUUGUUAAAUUAGGAUGGGAUAAUGGGAGAGGAUAAACACUAGGCAGGACAUACUUUGUAUUAUUAUAGCUCUUAAUUAUAGUUAAUUGAAUGUUUGUUUUCUUUUGUAA